AUGAAAAAAAAAUAAAUAAAAAAAAUAUAUAACUAAGUAAAAAGAAAAAGAAAUUUGAAGGCUACUAGUCGUUAAGAUAUUAAGUAAAGGAUGGGGCCUGAUAACAAAAAGAGAGUUCACGGUACUCGCGGAGCUACUAAAGCAGGCAGCGCAAACAAGAAUGGUGCUGAUGAACAACAAGAAUCCGAUCUAGCUAACUAAAGUAGAAACAUGAAAAUAAAAGCUUCGGGCGAAACAGGCAUCAACAAAGAUGGCAAGAAAACAACUUAGAUGAAAAAUAAGGGCAAUCUUAGGUCCUAAUAAGGAACUGGAUCAUCUAGCUUGUAACAGUAAUAAUAAUCGGGGUAGAAGAGGAAGCAAGGAUUGGGAGGAAGUAAUAUUAAGUAGAGCUACACUUCUACUAUUAACGAUGAUGAGUAAAUCGAUGAGGUAGAAGAUGAUAUAGAGAACAUAGAUCAUUAAUAUGAUGUUAUUCAUAGUAAUUACAUCAACCAUAAUAAUAACAACAUGAAUUCAGUGCAGUCAUAAUAAUCAAAAACAAAUCAUCUGAAUUCAUAGUAAGCAAAGGAUCUCAAUCAUAAUACUUUCUAAUCACCCUAGAGUCUUUUGGAAGAGAGCAAGGAGAACACUUCUGAGUGCAAUUCAGCUCAGACAAAACUCCGUAGAAGCGCCAGGAAUACCACAGAAUCAAAAUGUCUUUCAUCCAAUAAGACAACUCCUAUACUUAUUUCUCCUACUAAAAAUGCAAGGACCAACAAAAGAACCCACGCAGAUGACUAAAGUCAAGAUGAGCUUGAACCAGCUCUGCGUAAAUAAAUUCAAAAAAGUUUCAUGGAGAAUAGCCAAAAAAUUGAAGAACCAGAAAGCGAUAACGAACAACAAUAAAUCUAAACAAAUUAAUACCAUAAUAGAAAUACUUUAGAUAGUCUUUGCAAUAGUUAAAUUGAGGUAGAAGAUGAAAAUUAACUUUUUUCUAAGAAAGAAAACAAAGGUAGAAACUCUCGCUAAAAUUACAGAUAGCCUAUAAGUAAAAAAGCUGAUCUUAAAGUUGAAGCUAACCUAGACAACAAUAAUAACCAAGAUGAGACAAAGGAGAAUCAUUUAAUCACCUUUUCUUAAGAGAGAGACUCAACAUAUCAAAAUAACAUGGAUCCUUCUCACAAUAAUGAAAGAAACUAUAAAAAUUAAGUUGAUUUUGCUUAGGAUGGAGAUUCUGAUUAUAAUCUAAAAAAUAUACGCUUACAAAGAAUUAAUUUUGAGUAUUCAGAAUCUGAAGAUACAGGUGACUCUAAUAGUUAAAACAUCAAAAAAGCCAAUAAAUCAAGAACUUUAACAUUUUAGCGUAUCAGUAAAAAAAAUUAAAUAGGCAGCAUAAAAGAUGAACUCGAUGGAUAAUCUCAGAGUUUCUAAAGCGGCAGUCUCUUGAUCCAGGUUUGUCAAACUGAUGAGCACUAUCCUCCCUUAUUCAACCAAUAAUAUCUAGAUGAUAACUUUAACUUAAUUUAAAAGAAGCAAUGCCACAUUCGCUAAAAGAGAAGAUUCCUCUAACUUAACUCAAUAAACAGCAUCUCAGUUGAUAAAAAUAACUUGAUCUAUAAUCUACUCGACAUGAAGGUCAUAAGAGAAAGAGAAGAAGGUAAUUUGAAGGACUUGGAUGGCAUCGUUGAGUACGAACAAACUCUUAGACCUCAGACUACUUCUAAAUAAAAAGUCAAAUGCAACUGCAAGAAGAGCAAGUGCUUGAAGUUAUACUGCGACUGUUUCAACUAGGGUCAAUUUUGCAAUUCUGAGUGCAAUUGCACCGAGUGCUCAAAUACAGAAAACAACAAAGCAGAAAGAGAAAGUGCAAUUAAGCAACUAUAAGAACGUAAUCCUGACGCGUUCAAGCCUAAAAUUCAAACAAAGGAGAUAAAAGACGAUGAAGAAAUACUGAUUCACAACAAAGGAUGCAAUUGUAAAAAAUCUGGAUGUGAAAAGAAAUACUGUGAGUGCUAUAAUACAGGGGUAAAAUGCAGUGACUAGUGUAAAUGCGAAGGAUGUAGAAACAGAGAUCCUUCUGAGAUAGUCAAAAUAAAUAAUGCACAAAAUAAUCCGAGUAAUGGAAAUUCGUCAUUCAGUAACUAAUACAGUGGAAACAAUAAAUAAGUGGAUCAAUAUCUAAACAACGAAGAGCUAUACUAGCACAAUAGUUAGAGUAUGUUACACCAUAACAGUAAUUUAAUAGGAAACUCCUUACUUAGAUAGUCAUAAGAGGAUUCCAUACCUAACUAUUCGUAAAGCAUGAAGAGGUUUAACAUGGGAGAGUACAAUCCGAAUAUACCAGCGAGACUUGGAUCAAUUGGAAUCGAUUCAUAAAAUAUGUUCAAUUCAUAAAAUAAAUUUUAUUUCUCUUAAGAUGAUAAUCUUCCAAUAAGAUUCUCUCAGAACUCAUAAAACAACAUAAAUCCCUUGAAACACUUCCAAAGCAGCAUAGCAGGCUUCUCAUCUUCAUAAUACAGAGGAGGAAUGUUUGAUGACAAUAGCUAAAAAUCAGAGAACCAAGUAUUUGAGCUACAACUUACUGAUGGAUAGGUUAAAAAUAUAAUAACGAAAAAGGAAUGA